AUGGCCGAGCAGCCAGCCCCAGAGCUGGCCCCGUCCACCCAGGUGAUGGCCGUGGAUGGCACCGAAGCCCCUCUGCCCCGGACCGCCCGCCGAGGUUCCAAUCCCACAGCCCCAGCACGGAGCACGGAGGAGGGCAAAGCACCACAGCUGCUCUCCCGCCGCAGCUCCAUCCUCAGCACCCUCCCGGCACCCCUGGCCAGCCGCCGCAGCUCGCUGGGGGCAGCCCCGGGGGGCAAGCGCCCCUCCAUCGGCCCCUGGAUGCUCCACAGCCGCGUGAGCUUCUCGGGGCUCCCCCUUUUCCAGCGCAUCCCCGAGAUCCGCCUGGAAAACACCUACAGGAUGCGGCCGGACAAAGGCUGUGGGUUCAACGCGGGGCGGGUGCAGCGGGUGCUGGAGAAGGUCCUGGCCGGGGUCCUAGGGGGCACAUCCUACAGCCCCCAGGGCAGCGCCCCGCUGGUGCACAGCCUGGCUGAGCUGCUGCGGUGCCGGGCAAAGGAGGUGGUGCCUCCCCGCUACAAGCUGGUGUGCCAUGUGCUGCUGGGCCAGCAUGGCCAGCAGAGCCUGCUGGUGGCCAGCCGGGCGCUCUGGGACCCCGAGAGCGACAGCUUCGCCUCGGCCACCUUCUCCAACACCUCCCUUUUCGCCGUGGCCACGGUGCACGGGCUCUAUUUUGAGUAG